UAUGUCUAGAACACCGUGACGAUGCGUUUCGACUUUAAUUUCAAUAAGAAGCAUAAACAUUUCGUAUUCAAGAAGAGACUGGCCAACCAACCAGCACUUCAUUUUUCUUUGUCAGUGUAACAAAUUUUAAAAUGGCUAUUUUGAUGAUUUUCGUUUGCGCAUUGUUAGUUGUUUUUCUCGUUAAGCUUUCGUUGCGACCCUCCAACUUUCCACCAGGCCCAAGAGGAGUGCCUUUGCUUGGAUUUGCUCCUUUUCUGCCAAAAAAUGAACCCUUCUUCAGAGUCAUACAGAAAAUGGCUGAGAAAUACGGGCCUGUGACUGGUUUCUAUUUGGGACCCUUUUUGCCUUUCAUUUCUGUGGACGGGAAAAAAGCUGUCAAAGAAGCUCUGCAUAAUAAUGACCUGAACGGCAGACCGUCGGGCACACUCCUUAAAAGUAGAACGUUUGGAGAGAAGCUAGGUCUAGUGUUUGUCGACGGCGAUUUUUGGCAAGAACAGCGGAGAUUCACGUUACGUCAUUUACGUGAUCUUGGGUUCGGAAAGACAUCCAUCGAGGAUCAGAUGAUGGACGAGAUUAGCGAUUUAAUUUCUGAUAUUAAUGAAGCUGCUAAAUCCGAUCCGGAUCACGUAGUCGAUUUCAAAGCCAUUUUCACAGUGUCGGUGUUCAACAUUUUAUGGGCAAUUAUUGGAGGCAAACGAUAUCAGCGGGACGACCCGGCGUUCAAACAACUGUUAGCCAAUGUUGAUAUGUUUCUCCGAGGUGGAAAUAUUGCGCAAGUCGUCAUUCCUGUUCCAGCCUUUCUCGUUCGCCUGUUUCCUUCUUUACCAAGUCGCCUUGGUCUUAAAGACGAAUUGUUCGUUCCCAUUCAACAGUUCAUCGAGGAAUCGAUUGACGAACAUGUUGCCACGAGAUCGAAAGGUGAUGCCGCUCGUGAUUUCAUCGACGUCUAUUUGGAGGAAAUGGAGAAACAAUUUGAAAAAGAUUCGACUUUCACCAAAAAGCAGCUGAUUGCUUCGAUACAGGAUCUGUUCACUGCAGGCUCCGACACCUCGUCGGGGACGAUUGGUUUUGCGGUUCUUUCUAUGAUUAAUUAUCCAUCCAUCCAACAAAAGAUGCGUGAAGAACUAGAAAAUGUCUGUGGCGAUUCUCUUCCGUCACUAUCACAUCGCGCUAGUUUGCCAUAUACCGAUGCGUUCAUUACGGAAGUCAUGAGAAUGUCUAGCGUAGCUCCGUUAGGUAUUCCCCACCUUGCCAUGAAAAAAACGCAACUUCUAGGAUUCACCAUACCCAAAGGAAGCAUCGUUUCGGUCCAUCUCAACUCUAUGCUGCAAGACACCGAAACGUGGGGAGAUCCAGAAAAUUUCCGACCAGAACGUCACCUGGACGCUGACGGAAAACUGGUCAAAAGCGAAGCCUUUACUCCUUUUGGCAUUGGGAAACGAAUUUGUCUAGGUGAGUCUCUGGCUCGGAACACGGUUUUUCUUUUCACCGCAGCCCUCGCCAAAACAUUCGAAUUCAAAUCUCUGCCGAACAAACCACCGCCGACUCUUGAACCCACCAUCGGAUUUGUUUCAGGCCCCCAACCUUUCAAAGCCGUUGUAGUUCCUCUAGUUCACUGAAAAAAUGCACACAAACUUUAGAAAAGGCGCUAGAAUAUUAUUAUUGCAAUGUACCCAAUAACAUCACGGUUCUUGUACAUAAUUGACCUAACCAGUGUCCGGCAUUAGUACGGAAAAUCCCAGCCGGUGUUGUUAAAACAACGUUCUUUGUGAUGCCGUAUUAACUAAUAUACUAUUUCCUUCUUUCUUUUCCUACUCUACCUUGAAAUAACUCAUUUGAAUUCCCUAGCCACCAACUGAACAGCGUAAGCAGUUCAGACAUCCAGAUGACAGCUAUAGAUUGGCUGUAGAAUAACGGCCGUUACAGAAGAUUUACGCUCCAAAAGCGUUUGGGGAAGCCAAAAGUCCAAAGUCAAGAAACUGAAGAAUACUUUAUCGCAGUGGAAUAUUUGACGAAAAAGGGCUGACGCAAACAAACACUCCAAUCGG